CCAUCACCUUCUUCACUCACACUAGUACAUGUCCUUUAGAUUACUCUCUUCCUCGAAAGCCUUAGCAACCAGAGCUCUCUCUAUCCGUUCUCCUCCCAAACACCACCGGAAUAUCCCAUUUCCGGCAACAACCUACAAAACUCACUCUCUUAGAGGCGUACUACCUUUUGUUAGAAUGGCUUCCGAUGGUCAGCAAUUCCCUAGGCAGAAACAAGAAACCCAACCAGGGAAAGAACAUAUCAUGGAUCCUAACCCUCAGUACACUUCCAAAGACUACAAGCCCUCUAACAAACUUCAACAGGGAAAGGUUGCACUUGUGACCGGAGGCGAUUCUGGGAUUGGUAGAUCUGUUUGUCACUGUUUUGCUCUGGAAGGCGCAACGGUGGCCUUCACAUUUGUGAAAGGUCAGGAAAACAAGGAUGCAGAAGAUACGCUUCAAAUUAUCAGGGAGUCCAAGAAACCUGAAGCCCAAGAUCCUAUUGCCAUAGCAGCUGAUCUGGGAUUCGACGAGAACUGCAAGAAAGUGGUUGAUGAAGUUGUCAAUGCUUUUGGCCAGAUUGAUAUCCUGGUUAACAACGCCGCGGAGCAGUACGAGUGUACAACUGUGGAAGAGAUCGAUGAAUCAAGACUUGAAAGGGUGUUCAGGACCAACAUUUUCUCCUAUUUCUUCAUGGUCAGGCAUGCUUUGAAGCACAUGAAAGAAGGAAGCUCCAUAAUCAACACGACCUCGAUCAACGCCUACAAAGGGAACGCCAGUCUGCUAGACUACACAGCAACGAAAGGUGCCAUUGUAGCUUUCACCAGAGGACUCGCACUUCAGCUCGUAAGCAAAGGCAUACGUGUUAAUGGUGUAGCUCCUGGACCCAUCUGGACUCCGUUAAUUCCGGCAUCAUUCACCGAAGGAAAAGUGGAGAAAUUCGGGUCCGAAGUGCCGAUGAAGCGAGCAGGCCAGCCUAUUGAGGUUGCACCGUCUUAUGUCUUCCUUGCCUGCAAUGCUUGCUCUUCUUACAUAAGUGGCCAAGUCCUUCACCCUAACGGUGGAGCAGUGGUAAAUGCUUGAGAGGGACCUCCAUGAUCAUAGACAUUUCUGAUAUAUAUAUAUAUAUAUAUAUAGAUGUACGUUUUGCUACUGUUUGGUAUGGGCAUCGUUUUGAAGUUAUGGAGUUGGGAGUAUGCUUCUAAGGGUUGUAUAGCGUCUUUGCCGGUUUGCAAAUGUAAGCUGUCACUUUAAAUGGCUGUCACUGGUUUGGUUUGUGCUUGCAUAAUAUGGAUCAUGAGCUCUUUAUGGGACUAAAAAUGAAGCAUAUAAUUUUGACUACAAAUAUUAGCAACAAUCUCAGUUUUCAAAGUUGCACUGAUCAACAUGCAAGUUUCCUUACCCUUGGACCAAGGAAAGCUAAACCGAAAAUAUUAUAAGUUCUCUGCCAAUAACUCUUUAAUGCAAUUAAAGCUGGUAAAAUGCGACAGGGAUAGAACUGAAACCACUGUGUUUUUAACAUACAUCAGAAUGUUGAUGAGUGCCUUUUAUCACAAUGGGGUUAGGAGGUCUAUACAUCAUGCUGUAUUAGGAUGAUGAUGAUGAAAUGGAAGCCUGUGAAAGGGUCCUGACCGAGUAGAACACAAACCAUCAAAAAACACCAAAAAUAAAAAUUACACACCAAAAGAACAAAAACAAAAAACUACAUCAAAAGCAAUUAUACAAAAUCAGAAAGAAAGGAAAGUCAAGCACUUCAGCACCAGAAGCAGUGAAAACCCAAACAACAAACAGAUGACCAAAAGCAACCUGAAGACAUUGCAGAACUAGCAAAAUGUCCAGAGGCCGUUUUGGUAGUCAGAAUCACCGCCAUCCAAUCAUCCUUGGACCCGACUCCAGCGGCGCCGAUGAUCUUGGUGUUGUUAAGGUAGGUGAUGGGAAUGCAAACCGGCAUUAUAAACCCCAUCUACGGGUGCUGUUCAUAUCGAUCUUGCACCUCGUCAAGAGCUUUGGAUAGUCGGUGAGUUGCUCGUCGGGACAACGUUGCUGCUAUUGGUUAUGGGGGGUGGAGUGUUUGUCUUCAAGUUGGUCUGCAGUUUCGCAAAUUUCCUUGCCAAGGCUGACAAGCCGAGAGACUGUUACUGUUAAGUGCUUAAAUAAGAUUGUCUUCCUCAACCGCAUCAACUAACCCAAAUAAUAUCAAGUUUUUGAAAUUGUAUAUGUUCCCACUUCAGAUUUUAAAGAGAGCAGAAAAAAUAGAAAGCACCAUACUAUGACUUAAUUAAGUCAUUGCUUCAUACCUUUGUUUAGUCGGAAUGAAUCCAUAACAGGCAAGUACUAUUCUUAUACUGCUCAGCUGAUUUUUCUUCUUCUAAAGCUUCCAGCACUCACCGGUGAACUUGAGGUCUUCAUUUUUCCUUUUGUUUUUAGCAAGAUAUAUAUGGAACCUUUGAAAUUUUUUAUCCCUCCUUGAUCCAUAAUUUGGCUUUGAGAUUUAGAAUAUAGAAUCAUUUAAUCGGACAAUCAAAACUUGACUUCGAGACUUAGAAUAUAGAAUCCUUUAAACGGAAUCAAAUCUAUGCAUUGUAGUUGUAAUUCCGAAUAAAAGUUUGCAUGCUUUAAAGCUUGAAACAUGAGGUGCAACAGAAAGCGCAAGCCAAACAAUAGUCAUCUUAUAGUUCAUGCAACAGAAAUUCUUAUACAUUUUGUAUUUAAAUCCAUAUUGUAUAUCAACCAAUCAUUUCAGACUCGGUUUCGCAGAACCUAAAAUCUAACUAUUUGCCUUUACACCCUUUGAACUUGGAAAUACAUCAUAGGAAAUGGGAGGAAAGGAUUAUGAGUGUGGGAUGAAGUAUUUUGCCUUCAAUGUCUCACAAUUCUGUUUUCUAGGUAUAUGGGUGCCUUCUUAUUCACCCAGUGAAAAAAAUAAAAAAUCAAAAAAAAAAAAAAAAAAAAAAAAAAAAAACACAUAAAACUAAA